AUAUAUGCAUUUACUUAAUCAGUCAAUACUUUCCCGUUUGCUUGUUGUUCCAAAUCGUUAAAACGAUGAUGUUUGUUACAUUUAUUUGUUGGGCUAUUUUAGCAAACUAUCCAUCUGCCAAUGCAUCACCAACGCCAUUUUUGAAAAGCAACUUGGAGACUAGAGUAACUAACGGAUACAAUGCAAGCAGACUGCAGUUUCCAUAUCAGGUUUCUGUUCAGUAUGAUUACGGACUCAACAUGCAAUUUUGGGAUCACGUUUGCGGGGGAGCCAUCAUAUCACGUACAUACGUACUAACCGCUGCCCAUUGCAAGUUUCUGGAUGGAAACAUGAAGAUUGUUGCCGGCAUUACAAAUCUAGGAGAACAAGCUCAGGAGAGACAGGACAUUUUAGCUGCAGAAGUUAUCCACUACCCUACAUAUCCUAUUAAUGAUAAAACUGUAACUUUUGGAGACAUCGCCCUGAUAAGACUGGCAACUGCUUUAGUUUGGUCUCGAGCUGUACAACCAGUAUCAAUUAGCCAGCACAAUUCGGAAUCAGGUAAUGCGAUCUUGACUGGAUGGGGUGAAAUAAGUUCUAACAGCGUUUUGGCACCUGUAACACUACAGUGGGCUCAAGUACCAAUUUUGAGCACAACAGUUUGCGCCAAUACUGUUCGAUCAUUAUCUCCGCAAUUAGCAGAUGCUCCGUUUGACAACACUAUUAUCUGCACGAAUACAAGAUCGACAACUUCGCCCGUUUCUGCUUGCAACGGUGACAGUGGAGGACCGUUGGUCCAAAAUGGGGUAAUCAUAGGGGUAGUUUCCUGGGGAAUUUCUCCGUGCGGAGAAAUUUCAAAUGCUCCGACCAUGUACACGCGAGUAGCUUCCUAUGCUUUGUGGAUUGCACAAUAUGUUACCGACUUAUAAAUAUUUGUCUUUUCACAAGUGUUACUUUUUGACAAUAAAAACGAUUAAAUAGUGUGUUAUUUGC